CACGGAGAACUAGUGUACAUUCCUUGUGUUUUCUUCGGAGUCAUUUAUGAGUGAUUCAGAAAUGGCUUUUUCUUUCAUCAUGGAAUAACUUGCAAAUGAAAUAAAAGCGGUGGUGAGACAAGGUGACUGGACUGAAUAAAAACAAGAACCAUGGAGAGGGUGAAUCACAGGGAGCAGAUGGUGGGCAAAACUCCACUCAAAAGUUAGCCCACACCCCAAGACUUGGUGGGCAGCGCCUUUCGAGUUGGGCCAUGUCUCACAGCGCCGCGCACGCCACGUCGUCGCUUCCGGCGCCCAGGCGAAGGAUAACGGCUGUCGCUCGGUCCAGCAAGGAUAUGGACCUGGAAGCCAUUAGAGAGAGAAGGUCUCGCCUGGAGGCCCUCACCGCCUCCCUCCGCCUCCCUCCCCUCCUGCCGAGCACAGCAGAACGCAGAGAGUCCACCUCCAGCGCCUCCGUGCUGAAGCAGGUCAAACCCCGGCGGAGGCACAUGGCCGAACGACCUCCUACCUCCAACCGAGAUCCUACUCCUUCAAGGAAGCAGAUGGCUCUGGAGUCGAAGCUGCCCGCUCUCUCCCUCCCUCCGAUGACUCCCUACCACAACCCACUUCCAGACAUUGGUAGGACGGCCGUGUGGGAGAAGGAGGAGGAGGACACGGAAGAGGAAACGAAUAAAAGAGACAAAGAGGAACGCGAGAGUCCCCUUCAUAACGUGGAUUCCCCCCCUCCGCCUACCUAUGAGGAGACGCAGCAGGUCUCUCGAUGGGUCGAGGAAAUCAACGCUCAAAAUUUGAUCCUUUCAAAGCAAGGGGAGAGUGACCGAGCUGAGACUUCUAAACAGUCAGCUCCUUCGUCGGGAAAACGCAGAACGCCAACUCAGAACCCAGAAGACAUCGACACACAGUUUACGGAUCUCACUUCUUCGGACUUGGAAAAACGACCUGCAACAGCAGCAAGUAAAGGGGGAGAGAAUGCUCAGGAAGAUGACAGAGUCCGAAAUAACGAAGUCAAGGUCAGGAUCCAGGAGCUGGUGGAGCAGUUGAAGAGUGAGGACCCUUCGGUAAAUCUCGAAGCAAUGGUGGAAUCAAGGAAAAUCUUGUCUCAGGAAGUCGACCCUCCCGUCCAGGACUUCAUUGACAACGGUGUCCUCCCACUCGCCAUCGCAAGCAUCAAAGGGGGGAAUUCCGACUUGCAGUACGAAGCCGCUUGGGUCAUCACCAACAUAGCAUCCGGGACCUCCGAGCAGACGACGGCCGUGGUUGAUCACGGCGCUGUCCCCAUCCUUAUCGAGCUCCUGAGUUCGCCGGAGGUCCGCUUACAGGAGCAGGCGGCAUGGGCGCUGGGCAACAUCUCAGCAGACAGCCCUACCCUCAGGAAUCAGUUGGUGGCGGACGGGAUGGUCAAGCCUCUCAUAAAUUCAGUAAAUGAGGACAUGCCGAUAUCCUUCCGUCGCAACCUCUCUUGGGUCCUAAGCAACAUCUUUAGGUAUAAGGAGCUCGACAUGCCUAAGGAGGAGAAACUACUCGUCCUUAAGGAACUGAAGAAGAAUCUCCAGGAACAGAGUGAUUAUGAAGUCAAAUCCAACACGAUAUGGACAUUAAAUUACUUCUUGGAGCAAUGCGACAGUCACAUUGAACUCGUAGUAACACAAGGAUUUGUCCCACUCUUGGUGGAAAACAUUAAUGACAGCCAACUACAGAAAGUGACAGUGCGAUGCCUUGGAAAUAUCGUCACUGGUAAUGAUACUCAGACGGAUAAAGCCCUAGAAGCCGGCAUCCUCCCCCUCUACGUCAACAUCCUUGCGAACAGCCCCAGCGAGAGCAUACGAAAGGAGGUGAUUUGGUCCGUGUCGAACAUCACCGCGGGGACGACGGCGCAGAUCCAACGAGUGGUCGACGCGGGUCUUCUGCCGAUUUUGGUGGACUCCGUGAUGAAGGACAGCUAUUCGACGCGCAACGAGAGCCUGUGGGCGCUUGUGAAUCUGCUCAGCGGUGGCACGGAGGAACAGGCGAGGUCUCUGGUAAAGGCUGGAGGUGUUGAGGGAUUCGUGAAGGAGCUAGACGACUCCUAUGAGAAACUGACACUCCAGGCAUUGAACGGACUCUCGGCUCUGCUGCAGAUAGCUUCGCUGGAAUCCGAGGUCAAGCGCAUCAUCCGGGCGUCCGACGGCCUGGAGAAGCUCGAUGCCUUAUUCCACUCGGACAGCCUAGAUCUGAUCGAUAGAGUAAGCAAAAUCUUAAGUAAUUUCUUGUGUGACGAUUUGAAGGAUGGAAGGAGCGAGGAUGACGAUGAAGAACGAGAGGAAGGGAAUGGAGAAAAGACGGAUGGAAAAUCAAUGAAAGGUGAGAUUCAAGAAGGAGGAGAAAAUUGGCAAGACAAAGAUGCCCAAAAGGUAGAAAAAGGAAUAGACAAUCAAGUUGAAACUAGGGAGGAUGAGAAAGAGGAAGAAGAGGAAAAUGAACAUGAGGAAACAGAGGAGAGUAAUGAAGAAGAGAACAAGAAAGACAAUAUUAGUGUUAUACAAGAAGGGAAUGCCGAUUUGGAGAGAAGAGACCAAUAUUUGGAUGAUAAGAAUAUGGAUAUUCCCGAGGAACAGGAGGCAGAUGGGGAAGAUGGGCAGGAAAAUGAAGAGAUAAAGAAAAUCAAUAUCAUGGAAGACAGGGAAAAUGUGGAAGAAGUAAAUGAAGACAAAGAAGGUAUGGUGAAAAUGGGAGACUCCGAUGUACUAAAUAAAGAAAAGGAUAAAAUAUUAAAUGAAGCUGAUACCAGAACCGAAAAUAAAGAUUUAAGCAAAAGGGAUGGUAAUAAUGAAAACAUAGAUAACGAAACCGAUAAUAAGAAUAGUGCUGCUGCAGUAGAGCCGCUAUUACGAUACGAAGUGAUAUGAAUGACACUGAGAGACCUAAGGCGACAGUCGAAAAUGAAUACGUAGAGGGACAUGCACGAAAGAAGAAAAAACAAGGAGGCGAUGAUGAUAGAUUGCAGCGUUGUGAUAAUUUGACCCUCAUAGAGGACGAAUAGUUAUCGAUGAGGACGAUAACAACUCCUGAUUCAGAUUCAGUGAUAAUCAAUCGA